GAAACAUCUCAGGGUUCAUCCCAAAAGUGCGCCCAGCGGAGAAACGCUAUAGUGCCCUAGGACCUCGUCUUGAGCAUCCUAGCGCCAUUCAUCACACCCGGUCAAACGCCUGAGGAGACGGGGAUACAGUUGCCCCAAUGGAGCCAGCCGGCCUUGCGUUGGCUGUCUUUACUUCGUGUAAGGAGGUCUAUCUUCUAGCACGUUUUAUACACAGGACGAUCCACGAUCAGAAUCAUGCCGACAUCCAGAAGCAGACUCUAUUUCGGGAUUUUGAAUACGGGGUCCUCUUUGUGAAGACUCUAGGUGUCCUACUAUUCAAGGCCAAAGACAUACUAGGAGAGUGUAUUUUUGAAUCGGUUCGUAAACCCACUCUUCUCCCAGGUUCAGCUCGUUUCUAAUCAGCGAUGGUGACAAUGAAAAAGGAAUGGAUUGACCAUGUUCAUGAUAUUCUCGAAGAACUGCGACAAGCCUGCGGAGAUUACAGCAAGAUCGCCGGCGACACAGAUCCUGAAUACAAGCUACAUUCUCCCUUCCUACACCCGACCAUGUCCAGCACGAAAAUACUGAACUUCAAUUUGCCGCUACCAGUAGACCCCAAAAGUCACACUAAAAAUCCCAGCGGCUUCACCGCAGGGACGGGAUUCAGACUGUCGUGGUGGCCCCAGGUCCAAACGGUCGAUCGUAUGGUAAGCUCGUGGCGCUGGGCGAUUUUGGAACGCCGCCGGCUCGAGAAGAUCGUUCUCAAGUUCCAGCAGGAUCUCCUCAAGCUAAAGGAGAUGCUCCCUUUAAUGCUUGUUGAACUUCAAAUCCAAAACAACGCCCACGAAGUGGGGACGUUCCAAAGACUGAUCAAUCACGACGACAGUGAUCAGCUGGGCCUUGCGUCCCAUGCACGAUUACAGCAAUUGAUCGCUAGUCCUACUGUGAAUGCGGACAAUUAUGAUCUGGGGAAUCUGCAGAUUGAGGCGUCGGAGGGUACACUAGCCCCUGUGCUGGGGCAAAUAUCACGGUCACGUUGGCACACACAUGGGAAGGAGAAAGUACUGGUGGAAUACAAGGAGUUUGAGCCCACGAAGGAUCCCUCUGUGAUAGGGGAACAGAAACGCCGCGUUCAACAGUUGGCCAACCUUCUUUCCUUGGCCGGAAGUAACGAUCUUCAGACGCUACGACCGAAGGGUUACGUAUACCAGGAGAAAUACAAUCGAUUCGUCUUCAUCUUUGACUUCCCCCAAAACGUUGUGCAUGAAGCCCCAAUGACACUGAAUACUUUGCUGCUUCAGGGCAAUAGAACGUCCCGGUUGAGUCUUCCAGAGCGAUUCAAGAUAGCUGAAAUACUUGCAAGGACCGUGGGCACCUUCCACGCGGAUGGGUGGGUUCACAAGAGCAUCAGGAGCCAUUCGAUUCUCUUCUUCCACGACACCCACAAGGGAGAGGUCUGUGCCAGCCUGCCGUACCUCGCCAACUUCGAAUUUUCGCGCCCGGAAACCGCCGAGACGAAUUUUACAUAUGAUGCAGAUACAGAGAAGAAUCUCUAUCGGCACCCAGACCGCCAGGGGCCGCCCAAGACCUGCUUCUCUAAAUUGCAUGAUAUUUACGCUCUUGGGGUGGUACUUCUGGAGAUUGGGUUAUGGCAGUCCGCUCUGGUGAUCUAUGAAGAAGCCGGUAAAAUGUUGAAGCCCGGAGUAAAACCAAACUCCAGAGGGAUCCAGAAGAUUUUCAUCCACAUUGCCAGCCGUGAAUUGUCACUUUACAUGGGCCCAGCCUAUAAAGAUGCGGUACUCGCGUGUCUAUCCGAUGAGUUCAAAGACUUAACCUCCCACGCCUCGUUCCCACAUCUAUUCUACGAGAAAAUCAUCACUGGGGUGAAUGGAAACUCGCUUUUCAAGUGAUCAAUAGAAAUUACGAUGUUCUCUCAACUACUGGGAUUAGAUGCAAAGAUAUCGCUAUGGAUACGUUAUCUGGUGCAUAGGAUGGACUGAACGCGUUCAAAGCCAAGAUUAUAUGUUUCCGACAAUAUAUUAUGAAGGCCAACCACGAAAACAAAACCUAGAAAUAUGUUGUAUAGUUAGCAAUAAGUCUGAGUAAU